AUGGAAUAAUAUCAAAAUAAAAACUCACAAGCUUUAAAGUUGAAUUCUUAUGAAGUAAGAUUGUAAUGGAGCUGCAAUGAUUCACAAGAUUAUUUACACGUUGAUUUACAUCUGUGGAGCUUAAUAUUGGAUGACCUCUCUUAAAUAGUGGGUUGGGUUGACUAAAGAUAAAAAAGCUCUACUUUAUUAGAUGUCAAGUUUUCAGAAAAUUAAAGAGAAACUAUCGAAGAAAAAUAAAAUCAAAUGCUUAAAAUUAACCUUUCAGAUUGCUAAUACGGAAUCAAAUACUUAGCAAUUAUGCCAUAUUCAACUCAACCCCUCUCUCUUUAUAAGCUGAAAACUGCAUUUUUAGAAGUGCUUGAAAAUAACAAACCUAUUUUGAAAAUCAAUCUUUGGGAAGAAGAGCAAUUUUUUUGCUAUUUGUCAUGUAUCUUCUCAAAACAAUAUGAUGGUACUUGGAUUCUCUAUCAGACAAAAGUACUGGAUAUAUUUGGAAAGAUAUUUCUUGAAUGCGAACAAAUAGUGAAAUAAGGGUUAUUAUAAUGUGGAUUUGACUAUGGGCUCUUUUAAGAAGCGUAGAAAUGGUCUGGUAAAAAAACCUUCAACCUAAAAAAUGAUGAUUUUUUAGUAAUUCCAAAUACUAUUUUAAAUAGUGAAGUAAUUUUUGAUCUUGGCUGGGAUACCAGAUGCGAAAAAGAUUCUUCCAUAAUAGCAUUUGAUUAGGAAGGAAAUAUGAUAGAAAAUAUCUACUCUACAAAAGUGAAUAGUGAAAUCUAGUCUAAUGUCCUUCAUGGAGAUAAUUAGACAGCAAUAGGAGAUAGUGAGGAUGAAGUAAUAACUAUCAAUUUUAAAUAAGUAGAUUAGAGAGUAGAUACAAUUUGGUUUGUAAUUACAAUAUAUUCUAAAGGAAUGAAUUUUAGUGAUGUCUCUGGUACUUAUUUUAGAUUGGUAGAUAAAAAAACUAAUAAAGAGUUUUGUAGAUAUAAUCUUUCUGAAAAAUCUUCAAAUUAUUCUACUCAUAACGGAUGUAUUAUGGCAUGUAUUAAAAGGUAUUAAAAAAAUGUCUGGGCUAUUUAACCAAAAGGCUUCUUGACAUAAGGUCAAAGAUUUUCAAGCGAAGUAGCGCCAAUAAUUAAAAACAUUUUAAGUGGUAAUCUUAGCGAAAUAGUAAUUAUAAAUGAAGGGGAAAACUAACUUAAGACUGAAAAUUAAUAAGUAGAAAAAUAAAUGAUACCUCAAUAAUAAUUAUAAUAAUCAUUAAAAGCAUAUGAAAACAACAUUACAAUAAUUGAAGACUCUGAAAUGGAAUAAUAGUAAGAAGAAAAAUCACAAAUAUAAUAUUAACUUUUAUUGUAAAAUGAAUAUGAAAGUAACAAUAAAAUAUUUUUAGUUUCUUAAAUGAGUUUAUUAUUGUAAAACUAAAAAAAUAUGAAUCCUUAUAUUACUGUUAGUUUAAAUUAAAAGUAGGUACUUAAAACAAUAGUAAAAAAAAAUGAAUUAAACCCUAAUUGGUCUGAAAAAAUUUAAUUGACUUUAAAAGAAGGAGAUAUUUUAAACUUUAAAGUACACAGUAAUAAAAAAUUUUACUUUGAUACUUUUUUAGGUUAAUCAAAAAUUAUAAUAACCAAAGAUAUCCUUGACAAGAAUAAUGAAUAAAAUUAUGAGUACUAAUUAAUGGAUUCUCAAAACAACUUAAAUUCAAAUUACUAAAUUUAGAUUAAAUUUAAAUUAUAAAGUAUUCAAUAAUAAUCUUAGUAAUGCUGA